AUGAAUGAAGUUCUUCUUAUACAAGCUCAAAACACCAAAAUUCCACCGUCGUUUUUUAUUCAAUUUGCACCUUACAAUAAUACACAAACAUCAUUGCAAUGUUCCAUUAAUUAUCCAGAUAUAUUAGAAAAUUAUAUUUAUUCGGUUGCUGUCGGGAAGAACCCGAAUCAAAAUCAAACACAAUUUUUCUUUGCUAGUGAAUCGAUUAACAGUAGUAAGGGAGCAUUUAUUGGUGUAGCAAAGUAUGAUCCGACAAAUGCUAUUUCAAAUGCGUCCAGCUUCUGUGCCAUGAGUUUCUCUUACUCGCUCGAGUAUCUCAUCAGCUAUGAACAUCAAGAAUACUAUAUCAUCGGGGUUGAGCCUCAAGGUCGUUUCGCCUAUGGAUUUUCAAAUAAGUUUAUUUUUGUAUUUGAUUCCGAAAAUCGCUCAACCUUGGAACCAUGGCAUGGCAACUUAACAUGGCCGAAUCGUUCUUUUAUACCACAUGCUGUUAAUAUUAGUAACAAUUUUGGCAUUAUUGUAGGCUUCAUUCAAAACGACCUACAGGAAAGAGUGAAAUAUAGUCCAAUUAUCUAUCUUCUCAAUUUUCUUCUAUCAAAUCAUCACCCAACUGUUGUCCAUCAAUAUAUACCAAUCGCUACUAAUGGUACAUGGCAAGAUUUAUUGAGCAAUGCGGAUGCGGAUAUCUAUUCAUCAAAAUAUGAUAUGUCAAUUAGUAUUAAUCGCUAUGGUGAUGUAUUAGUUGGUAUGCAACAUAUCAAUCGAGUUUUAUUACUUUCAGUCAAUAUUUCCAAUCCGAUACAGCUGGCUUAUGACCAAGCUGGCAUCAAUGAUUGUAUGCUUUGUUCGACUGGUACAAAAAAUUCUGGCAAUGCCACUAUUCAAUGUACUCCAUGUGCAUCAGGCACAUUUUGUCCACUUGGCUCAGUGAGUGAAAUAUCUCAAUCUGCAUUGAAUACUAUCGAACAAGUUAUUGCCUAUCCAAAAUCACCUGACAGUACUAUAUUUGAUGAGAUUUUAAUUCAAAAUAUGUUUCAUAUUGGAUCGGGUCGUUAUCUGUUGGUAUCGCCCUUAUUUUGGACAUUAAUUGCAGCUGGUUUAGCUCUUCUGG